CAGCUGCUGUUUCCACUGCUAGUUACUAUCGUAGCUAACUCCUCGCAUCAGCUCCAGCUACUUUACGUACCGGUUGUCGGUGGCUUAUUGUUCGUUAGUUCGUUCUUUUGUUAAUCUGCCAAAACGUCUUACGCAAUGAGAGGCGAUCGGGGAAGGGGCCGUGGUGGCCGAUUCGGCUCCCGGGGAGGUCUCGUUCAAGGGUAUCGACCUUUUGUCCCACACAUACCGUUUGACUUUUACGUUUGUGAGAUGGCCUUUCCACGUGUGAAGCCAGCGCCUGAUGAGACUGCAUUUAGUGAGGCUCUGCUUAAGCGAAACCAAGACCUAAGUCCCACUCCUGCUGAGCAGUCAUCCAUUUUGUCCUUGGUAACUAAGAUCAACAAUGUUAUUGAUAAUUUAAUUGUAGCUCCUGGAAACUUUGAAGUGCAAAUUGAAGAAGUACGGCAAGUGGGCUCAUACAAAAAGGGCACAAUGACAACAGGACACAAUGUAGCUGACCUUGUGGUUAUCUUGAAGAUUCUUCCCACUUUGGAAGCAGUCGCAGCAUUAGGAAACAAAGUAGUGGAAACACUCCGCACUCAGGACCCAGCUGAGGUGCUGUCUAUGCUGACCAACGAGACUGGCUUUGAGAUCAGCUCGGCCGACGCUACCGUGAAGAUCCUCAUCACCACGGUCCCUCCUAACCUGCGCAAGCUGGACCCAGAGCUCCACCUGGACAUCAAGGUGUUGCAGAGCGCUCUGGCUGCCAUACGUCAUGCCCGCUGGUUUGAGGAGAAUGCCUCUCAGUCGACGGUGAAGGUUCUGAUUCGCUUGUUGAAGGACCUGCGUGUGCGCUUUCCUGGCUUUGAGCCUCUCACCCCCUGGAUUUUGGAUCUCCUGGGACACUCUGCUGUUAUGAAUAACCCUUCCAGGCAGCCACUCUCACUUAACACAGCCUACAGGCGCUGCCUCCAGAUGCUCGCAGCAGGGCUCUUUCUGCCUGGUUCUGUAGGGAUCACUGAUCCAUGUGAGAGUGGAAACUUCCGUGUGCACACUGUAAUGACAUUAGAGCAGCAGGACAUGGUGUGUUUUACAGCACAGACAUUGGUAAGGGUUCUUUCUCAUGGUGGCUACAGGAAGAUCUUGGGACUUGAAGGCGAUGCUAGUUACCUGGCAACAGAGAUGUCCACGUGGGAUGGAGUGAUCGUCACUCCAUCUGAGAAGGCCUAUGAGAAACCCCCUGAACGCAAGGAAGAGGAGGAUGAGGCACUGGAGGAGGGGGGAGAGGGAGAGGAUGAAAGCAUGGAGACACAGGAGUGAUGGAGCUCAGCAGGAUCACAAACUAUGCCAGACCUCCGCCAUGUAGGACAUCUGAUGAUUGUGGGGGUUUUUUUUGGUUGGUUGGGUGGUUUUUGUUGUUGAAAUUGAUUAGAAAAGAAAAAACACAUAAUGGAGGAAGUCACUGCCAUUAGUAGGAUGGAUUGUUUGGAGCCUGGUAAAAAUGUUCAGUGGCAUUCAGUCUUUUUUUUUUUUUUUUUUUUUUUAUAUCCCUGUUUUCUCCUCCAUAAUUUCUGCUUGGGCUUUCUGCUGCUCAUCCCUGGUCUCCUCUCCCCUUCUCUGAACUUAGCCUGUGGCAAUAGACAACAUGGACCAAAGGCACCAGCUGCAUGCGCCGUGUUUCUGCUUUGACCAGUGGCUUCUGUUUAAGACAGGGCAGAGGGAUUAAACCCUUCUUUAACUCAGUUCAUGUCUUGUUUUAUUUUUUACUUUGUAUCAGUGACUGCUAAAUUAAAGUUUUUAUUUCCAUUUA